CUCAGAGCAACCCUGCCGCCUAUAAAUGGAAUAUUCGGAUCCCACGCUAACAGUAACACUUUGAGUACAACGAGAACCGUCCGAAUUGAGCACUGUUGAGAAUGUAUCGUCUCAUCGGCUGUGUAUUGCUUUACGGCACUCUGACCACGGGAUUACCAUUCCCCUUUCCUGGUGUGCCUGUAGUCCCACCAACUCCAGUGAUUCCGACACCAUUUCCCUUCGUCCCAGGAUCUACGCCGAUAGUACCAGGUGCUAUUCCCUAUGCAGGUAGACCAGUGGUUCCUACGGCCAUACCUUUUGCACCGGGGGCAGCACCUAUAGUGCCAGGAGUCGGCAACCCUUAUUACAACUACGCUGGAGCCCCUGCUAUACCAAUCCUGUCGUAUUCUAAUGAGCAUGGCUUAGAUGGGACGUAUGCUUUCAGUUUUUCAACUGCUGACGGAAAGCAAGCACAAGAAAGUGGAUAUUUGAAAGAUGCUUACAUUGACAACACAGGAAAUCCACAAGGGACUCAGGUUGUUCAAGGAAGUUACGCAUACGUCUCUCCCGAUGGAACUCCGAUUCAAGUUAGCUAUGUCGCCGACGAAAAUGGUUUCAGACCAUCAGGUGUUCAUAUACCAGCUGAUGGAAAAGCUGUAGCUCCCAUUGUGCCUGUGGUAGACCGAGUCAAUAAGCCAAUCUUCGACCCGACCUACAACCGCUACGAUCCGUACUUAAACAGAAACAGAUAUAACACAUUUGGCCAGUACAAUAACCGGAACUAUGACCCUCGAUACCCUUAUGACCCCACAAAGAUUAACCCUUACUAUAACAAUAAUUACAACCCGUACCAAAUCAGAACCAAGAAUUUUAACCAAGAGGCUAAGAAAGACUCCGCUUAGAUUUUAUAUAAAUUGUAUUAUUGUGUAUAUCGAAUUGUGGAAAUGGAAAUGUAUUUUAAUGGUAUAUAUUAAUUAAACCUGU